AUGGCGGGCAAACGGUGCAUCAGAUGUCUCUGGGAGAGCGAUAUUCAGUGGAAGGCCAGAUCUCAGUUUAUUGAAACAUGGAAAAAUCAUUAUUCAGAAGAACGACUUGCAGCAUUGUCUAUGGUCUGGGCUAAUAUGAAGUUCCUAGGCUGCCGAUAUCCGUCAAAAACAGAGGAACUUGUCAAAGAGCUUGAAGCAAAGGGACCCCGAAUUUCGUUGCCGGAUAAAUCGGUAAAGAAACCCAAACCUUUGAUAGGGAAUUUCACGAUUUAUGAACCAAAAGAAGGAGAUGAAAGCACGAACAAUAACCCCGUGAGUAUUUUAAACGAAAGUGCGCAGAAGUCAAAGAAGACAAUAUCUUUUGAAGACCUUGGUUUUACUGAGAAAACCUCUCUGUUUUCUUGUGCGGUGAUAAUCGCAGACAAACUAAUUGCAGCGGGUGAAGGGCCUGGCAAAAAGCAGGCCAAGCGAAUUGCUGCUGAAAAGGCUUUAGAGAUUCUUCGUGCUUGUCAGCCAGUCAAACGACUUGGACCGACCUCUCAACAACAUCAAAAUGCUGCAUGUGUGUCCAAAACAGAUUUAGUGUCGAAAGCUUAUGUAACGGCGCCGAUUAUCUCUGAUGACAAUAUUGGCAACCAACUGCUGAGAAAAAUGGGAUGGACAGGAAGUGGAGGGAUUGGUAAGGACUGUCAGGGUCGCACUGAGCCUGUUAUGGCUGUCGGCACAGACAGAAAGUUUGGUCUGGGAUGUAACCCCACUCAGGGGGCAGACGUGACAAAAGGCUCUGUCCAAGAUGUCCUUCUCUCAUUUAUCAGUGGUGGUGACCAGCAGAUUAAGUUUUCUAAUGAACUAUCUAGAGAGGACAGAGCAAUUAUUCAUACCAUUUCACAGCGGUAUGGAUUGAAGCACAGGUCUUAUGGUAAAGGCCAAGAGAGAUAUUUGGUUGUAAGUAAGGACUAA